AUGAACAGCAGCGCGAGCGAGGUCGGGCAGGCCAAGGAAGCCUUCGAGACGGUCUAUGAGCUCUCGCGGCUUCUCAACACAGGCCUCGACCGCGAGUCGCUUGGCAUCAUCGUCUCGCUCAUCGAGAAGGGCGUCAACCCAGAGGCGCUCGCCGCCGCCGUCAAGGAGAUGCGGCGAACGACCUCCAACAAGACACUGGGAGGCCAGAAGGGCCAAGACAAGCAAUUCCAGUACUAA